AUACCAGACCCUUCUAAUUGUUACCGUCGGCUUCUUCCGCUUUCCAGAAACCAGCUCGUUUCUUCUUCCCGUCGCCCGACGCCAGAGAGGCGACCAUCCCAAUCGUGGCCGAGGGAGGCGAUUCGACGCUGAAUCUCGCGCGGGGAUCCGCGGAUCUGAGGCGGUCUUCCUUGGAUCGGGCGCCGUCGAACGGAUCCGCCGAGGCGUGCGGGUGCCGGCAGCAGCCAUGGCGUUGUCCGGGAUGCGAGGGCUCUCUGUGUUCAUCAGCGACGUCCGGAAUUGCCAGAACAAGGAGCAGGAGAGGCUCAGGGUCGACAAGGAGCUCGGCAAAAUCCGUACCCGGUUUAAGAAUGAGAAGGGUUUGUCGCCUUAUGAGAAAAAGAAAUACGUCUGGAAAAUGCUUUACAUAUACAUGCUAGGUUAUGAUGUUGAUUUUGGACAUACUGAAACUGUGUCGUUGAUUUCUGCUCCAAAAUACCCAGAAAAACAGGUUGGGUACAUAGUGACAUCUUCCUUGCUUAAUGAGAACCAUGACUUCCUAAGAAUUGUUAUAAAUACAGUACGGAAUGAUAUAAUUGGGCGAAAUGAAACCUUCCAGUGUUUGGCACUGACCAUGGUGGGAAAUAUUGGUGGGAAGGAGUUUUCUGAAUCACUGGCACCUGAUGUCCAAAAGCUGUUGAUUUCAAGUAGUUGCAGGCCUCUAGUUAGAAAAAAAGCUGCGCUGUGUCUUCUUCGUCUUUACAGGAAGAACCCUGAUGUUGUCAAUAGUGACGGUUGGUCUGAUCGGAUGUCACAGCUUUUGGAUGAACGUGAUCUGGGAGUAUUAACAGCUGUUAUGAGCCUUUUUGUGGCUUUAGUCUCGAAUAAUAUUGAUGCUUAUUGGAAUUGCCUUCCAAAGUGUGUUAAGGUAUUGGAAAGGUUGGCAAAAAACCAAGAUAUUCCACAAGAGUACACCUAUUACGGAAUUCCAUCACCAUGGCUUCAGGUUAAGACAAUGAGGGCUCUUCAGUAUUUUCCAACCAUUGAAGAUCCAAACAUCAGAAGAGCUUUGUUUGAAGUUCUACAACGCAUUUUAAUGGGUACCGAUGUUGUUAAAAAUGUCAACAAGAACAAUGCAGCACAUGCUGUUCUGUUUGAAGCCUUAGCUCUUGUUAUGCAUCUUGAUGCUGAGAAGGAGAUGAUGUCUCAGUGUGUGGCUUUGCUUGGGAAGUUUAUUGCUGUACGUGAACCGAACAUUAGGUAUCUGGGCUUGGAGAACAUGACGAGGAUGCUAUUGGUGUCAGAUGUGCAGGAUAUUAUCAAACGACAUCAAGCACAAAUAAUUACUUCUUUGAAAGAUCCUGAUAUCAGCAUUAGGAGACGUGCUCUUGAUCUACUCUAUGGUAUGUGUGACAUUACAAACGCCAAGGAUAUAGUUGAUGAGUUAUUGCAGUAUCUUAAUACAGCGGAGUUUGCCAUGCGCGAAGAAUUGGCACUCAAGGCUGCUAUUUUAGCAGAGAAGUUUGCUCCAGAUCUAUCUUGGUAUGUUGACGUCAUUCUCCAGUUGAUCGAUAAAGCUGGGGAUUUUGUCAGUGAUGACAUAUGGUACCGUGUGGUUCAGUUUGUCACUAACAAUGAGGAUUUACAGCCAUAUGCAGCAGCAAAAGCAAGAGAGUACCUCGAGAAGCCUGCUUUGCAUGAGACAAUGAUCAAGGUGAGUGCUUAUCUUCUUGGAGAAUACAGCCACCUUUUGGCUCGAAGACCUGGCUGCAGCCCUAGGGAAAUCUUCACCAUUAUUAGUGAGAAACUUCCUACAAUAACAACAAGUACUCUUGCAAUUCUUCUGUCAACAUUUGCCAAAAUCUUGAUGCACAACCAUCCUUCAGAUCCUGAAUUACAAGAACAAAUCUGGUCUAUAUUCAGAAAAUAUGAAAGUUAUAUUGAUGUCGAAAUCCAGCAAAGAGCCGUUGAGUAUUUUGCACUUUGUAGGAAAGGGGAAGCUUUAGUGGAUGUCUUGGCUGAAAUGCCCAAAUUUCCAGAACGCCAGUCUGCUUUGCUUAAAAAGGCUGAGGAUGCUGAAGUCGACACAGCAGAGCAAAGCGCAAUCAAAAUAAGGAAUCAACAACAAACAUCAAAUGCUUUGGUUGUAACUGACCAACGCCCUGCAAAUGGAUCCGUUCCAGUCAGUCAGCUUGCCCUUGUUAGGAUGCCAAGUGAAAAUAUGGAAGCUAAUAGUUCUCAUGAUCAAGCUACCUCUGAAGUUCAAGUUAACUCUCAAGAUCGAGAAUUGUCCCAUGAGAAUGGGUCCAUCAAUGCAGUCAUCCCUCAAGAUGUUCAAUCUGCAGACCUCCUUGGAGAUCUUUUGGGUCCCCUUGCAAUAGAGGGUCCACCUGCCCCUCCUGUUCCAGCUGAGCAUAAGGACCACAGUCUGUUGUCAGCACUGGAAGGAACCCCUGAAGCAGCUGGUCCCCUGGCACUGGCUAUAGUUGAUGAGCCAAACUCAGUUCAGCCAAUUGGGAACGUUGCAGAAAGGUUCAAUGCACUAUGCCUUAAAGACAGUGGCGUACUUUAUGAGGACCCUCACAUACAGAUUGGAAUAAAAGCAGAAUGGAGAUCUCAUCAUGGACGUCUUGUUCUUUUUUUGGGAAACAAAAAUAUUUCACCUCUUGUCUCAGUGCGAGCUGUGAUACUGCCUCCAACCCAUUUAAAGAUGGAACUUUCAUUAGUACCAGAAACUAUUCCUCCACGGGCACAGGUUCAAUGCCCACUAGAAGUUGUGAACCUGCGAGCAAGCAGAGAUCUUGCUGUUCUAGAUUUCUCCUAUAAAUUUGGAAUUGCCAUGGUUAAUGUCAAACUACGGCUUCCAUCUGUUCUUAAUAAAUUUUUGCAGCCUAUUUCAAUCUCAGCUGAAGAGUUUUUCUCCCAGUGGAAAUCAUUAUCAGGACCACCUCUGAAACUUCAAGAAGUGCUCAGAGAUGUAAAACCUUUACCUCUUUCUGAAAUGGCAAACUUGUUCACUGGCCUUCGCAUGGCAGUUAUUCCUGGAAUUGAUACAAAUCCAAAUAAUCUAAUUGUUUGCGCUACCUUCCAUUCAGAGAGCUCCAAGGCAAUGCUUUGUUUGAUUAGAGUUGAAACGGAUCCAACUGACAGAACCCAGCUUCGCAUAACUUUAGCAUCAGGAGAUCCAACUUUGACAUUCGAGUUAAAGGAAUGCAUCAAGGAACAUCUGAUCAGGAUACCGGUGCAAGCUCCAACACCAGUCACACCACCAUUACAACCGCAAUCACCAGUUACUCCAGCAUACAAUGAUCCUGGCGCUAUGCUUGCUGGCCUACUUUAAAACCUUUAGCUGCAAUACUUGGAUGUACUUGCUUUUUCAAAUUUAGAGAAAGAUGUGGCGCCAGCAAUUCUUGUGGCCGACAUCACAAAUGGAUGAGUAUUAGUACGAGGGCGUACAGAAGAAAUGUUGAAUCAAUCAAGCAUGAUCAGGAUAGCAUUUGAUAUCAAAUUCUUUGGGUAUAUUGUGUAUGAGUUAUAUUUUUUCCUUUUUUUUUUUUUUCUCCCAUUGUUGUCCUAUUUUCUUCAUUGAAUCUAGUGGAUGCAACAAGGCCUUGUGAAACUGUUUCGACUUAAUUUUGCUUCAUGUAUCAGUAACAAAAUAGGGAAAAUUAUUUUUGCAACUAGUAAUGGAAACAUGCAUGAUACAUGGACGAAUGAGGGUUUGUAGGCCCGUAUUGUCCUAUUUCCGAUAUA